CAUAGACAUACAGUCAUCUUCAGCAGCAAUAAAAAUUCUGUUUAGCUGGCUAGCAAGGCUCACUGCAUAGUCUUUCACAGAACUCUGAAAACAAGCAGAACAUUGCGUCUACUUAACGAAGGCAUGAAUGUUUAUAAGUAAGCCUGCGGUCCUAGAAAUAUGGAUUUGCUUUUCUUCAAAGGGCUACAGCAGAUUUUGUUAGCUGAUUGAAACUGAAGAGCUCUUCUUCCCAGAAAUAUUGCACAGAACAAAUCUCCAUAAUCCAUGUAAUGAAAUAAGUAACUUGCAAUCACCGAUUUCUGGGAUCAGCAAAGGAUUCAACAUUUUUGUAGAUUCGAUGGAAGAAGAUGCUUAGUGUGACAACAUGUUGGGAAGGAUUUAUUUCCAAUAAUAUCCUGGAGGGAGUAUGAUUGCUUCAGACUAAAACUAUGGGAUGCGGUACAUCAGCUGCAAGAGACAGACAAGCAAAGAAGUCAGAGAAGGAAGAGUCUCAAAAGACUCCCUCGCCUUUGAUAGCUAUAAAAGCCGCCAUCUUGAUCCAGAGAUGGUAUCGUCGUUACAUGGCACGUAUAGAGAUAAGGCGCCGGUGCACAUGGAGCAUUUUUCAGUCCAUUGAGUAUGCUGGUGAGCAAGAUCAGUCACAGCUAUCCAACUUCUUUACCUUUAUGCUGGAUAACUUUGCUCACCUAAAUGAAACAGGUAAAGGCAUGUUUUCUCAUCUCUUAAAUCCAAGUGACCAAAAAGAAGAUUCAGAGGAACAGAUGCUUAAAAGUUAUGAAAAAAUUCAAGUUUAUGACUCUUAUUCUGGACCACGGCUAUCAUUUCCUCUCACAGUUGCUGACACCAAUGCGCUUCUUCAUGCUUUCAAACAAAAGCAGCAGCUUCAUGCUCGUUAUGUUCUACAGUUGAUGUACGAAACAAAGAAAUUCUUAAAAAAGUUGCCAAAUAUCAUUCACUUAUCUACAUCAUACUCCAAGGAGAUAACUAUCUGUGGUGACCUCCAUGGGAAGUUGGACGACCUUCUCCUCAUAUUCUACAAGAAUGGUCUUCCAUCAGCUGAGAGGCCCUACCUCUUUAAUGGUGAUUUUGUAGACAGGGGACCACAUUCCAUAGAGAUACUCAUUAUUCUGUUUGCAUUUCUUCUAACUUACCCAAAUGAUUUGCACUUAAACAGAGGAAACCAUGAGGAUCAUAUCAUGAACAUAAGGUAUGGCUUUACAAAGGAGGUUAUGCAAAAAUAUAAGUCUCAUGGUAGAGAGAUUUUACAGCUUCUUCAGGAGGUCUUCAGCUGGCUACCCUUAGCAACAAUUAUUGACUACAAGGUCCUGAUACUACAUGGAGGGAUAUCUGAUACCACAGACUUGGAGUUUUUAUCUUCACUAGACCGACACAAGUUCAAGUCAGCCCUUCGGCCACCACAGCAGAAUGUUUCUGUUAAGAAUGAUAGGAAGAGAGGGGCCCCCAAAGGACAUAGUUCUUCUCAGAUGGUACGCAGCAAUCGAGCGUAUUUCUCAAGAACUCAUAGCAACUCGUUACAAAGGGAAAGGACAGAAUCAUCAUCAUCCCCUUCAUCACCUGCAAGGUACAGGAAUCUGAAGAAUGAGCCAUUAAUUCACAAUAAGGAAGAUGUUAGUGAUGAGACAUACUUUUCCAGUGCAUUGGAUGACAACCCUGUCCUUGAUGUGUCACACAUAGACUCAUUAAUCCGCCUCUCAGAAUUAAAACCAAAAAAGAUUACAAAGGAAGAAAAGGAGUGGAAACAGGUACUGGAUAUUUUGUGGAGUGAUCCAAAAAACCAAAAUGGUUGUGUACCUAACAGUUUCCGAGGAGGAGGAUGCUACUUUGGACCUGACAUCACAGCAAAAAUGCUUAAAAAGUAUAACAUGAAGCUGCUGAUUAGGUCUCAUGAGUGCAAACAAGAAGGAUAUGAGUUAAGCCAUGGAGGGAAGGUCAUCACUAUUUUCUCAGCAUCAAACUACUAUGAGGAGGGCAGCAAUCGGGGUGCAUAUCUAAAACUGGGGCCUGACUUAAUCCCCCACUUUGUUCAAUACCAAGUCAGCAAGUCAACGAGGAAACUAACUCUUCAACAAAGGGUUCAAGUAGGCGAAGUUUCUGCUAUGACAUCUCUGAAGGAAAAACUGUAUGCACACAAAUCAGAGUUAAUUGCAGCCUUCAAGCAAUAUGACAAGACUGACACAGGGACAAUUUCCAUUAGUGAGUGGGCUGCAGCAAUGGAGUCAGUCCUACAUUUAGAUCUGCCAUGGCGAACGCUGCGCUCAAGACUGGCAAGACUCAACUCUGAUGGGAAUGUUGAAUACCAGUCGUGCUUUGAAGAUAUUCAGAUUGAGCAACCAACAACGGAGGUUCAGUCGAAUGUAAUAGAGACAUUAUACAGGUACAAGGCAGACCUGGAAAUCAUAUUUAAUAUUAUGGAUAAGGAUCACUCAGGGUUAAUCUCUAUUGAUGAGUUUCGUCAGAUGUGGAAACUUUUCAGUAAGCACCUUCACAUAAACAUUGAUGAUAAUGCUAUUGAUAACUUGGCUAAUAGCAUUGACAUUAACAAAGAUGGAAGUAUAGACUUCAAUGAGUUUCUGGAAGCCUUUCGUGUUGUUCAUAAGAUUGACAAUAAGGAGAAUAAAUGAAAAGAAAAAUUAAUGGAAUUCUUGUAAAAAACAAAAGUUGUCAAUGUGCGAUAAAAUACAUGUGCAUGCUUAAUAUGUUUACAUGAAUGCUAUAGCCUUCAUAUAGGUCUGAAUGAGAAAUGUCUUCUGGAGAGAAAAAAACUACAUCACUGUAAAAGAGACUAUGCAACAAUAAACUAUCCUGGUUAAGUAAAAGAACUCAGCAUCAUUAA